CCCUUGGAUCAUUGAUCAUGUGGUCAUGGCAGACUUCCUUGCCGUCGUGCCUAAGGCACCACAGAAGGAAUUGCAGCCAGCUGGGGUGCUUGAUGAUGAUGCACGGCCGAGGUUCAACGUCGGCGUGCCGAAUCCGAUGUAUUUGAGCAGCGCCUCGGCACCUUCAACUCCAGCGAGGCCUUCGACUUCCCCACCUACAAGUCCGUUGGAAGGGGAUUGCGAAGUUCGAAGACUGUCCGAAUCUGAUUUGGCCAAUUUGAUGCCGCAAGUCUAUGGCAGCAAUCAGUUGGCAGAUCAACCAGACAAGAUCCUGAUGGGUGAGGACAACAUUUCCAUCCCCGGCUGUUUGAUGGUGAAGAUCUCAGAAGAAUGUGACGUCCAAGAGGAAAAUUCAGAAAAAGAGAAGGUACCCGACCAUGCGUCGCAACAUCAGAGCGAACGCGAUGAUGUGGAAGACCGCAGGAUCUCCGCUCCGCAAAUGCACGAGCCUGGAGCUGCCAAUUGUCGAUUGAGCAUUAGCGGCCUCAUGCCCUCGUAUGGAGCAGGUUCGGUUGUGGACACUCCAGGGCAGCGGCAAAUCAGCAAAAACUCGCAGAUCCGGACCAGCACCUAUGCAGUUUCAAAGACGCUGAAGAAGAGCCAAGGAGAUUCUUCGGAAAGGAUAGGUUUUCAAGAAGGAGCUGCCUGGCAUGAAUGAUAUCCCUCCUUAUGUUAGAGUUCCCGCUCGUAUUCAUUCUAGGAGCGUCCUUGAUGGUCCUUGGCUCGCUUCCUCACUUUGGUGCACAAGUUCCAUUCUUCAAACUGGACCCCGCCUUAUCCUGCCGAUAAAGCGGCGCCACUUCACAGGAGAUGGAGCAAACCCCAAAACGGAUCAAAACCAAAUGAACCAGCUGGAAACACGAGUUUGGGAGUACAUUUGCAUCACCCAGGUCGAGCCUUCGAUGCAAAUGUAUUUGGAGGACCACUGUAUUGAUGGUCCAAGUUCAGCUUGGCGUAGGACGACUUCGGUGAAGCUCUUGAUGAGUAUUAUUGUCCUUCUGCCGAUGCUGUCAUUUUCCGUCCUUUUCCUGCCACUCACUGCACCAGAGAAGGGCUUCCAUCAAAAUUGGGUCUUCAACUACUUGGCGCACCCUGCCCUCAAUUACGUGGUUUGCCGUGCAGAGUUGGAAAUUGGCCUUCGUCGACCGCUGGCACCCUCUGACAGACCACGUAUUGCCUGGGUCAUGCGUUGGUGUCCACUGAUUGGCUGCGUUGCAUGCAUUUUCAUCCACUUUAUGGCCAGCCUCUUCGGCGUUUACCCAAUGCCUUUUGCCGCUGCUACCAGUUGCCUCCCAAGUGCCUUCAUUACGUUGUUUGUAGGAAGCUACUUGAUCCCAGAAGAUCUCCUAACCUCUGACCUCCGGGCCUUCAUCCAGUUUGCAUAUUUGGAAUUAAUCUUUACGACCUUGCAGUUUGGAGUGCUUACGCUCUGGCUGGAAGUUUUCCCCGCCCUCUCGGUGCCAUUGCAGCUGCUUAGCAGUGCCGCCGUUACUGCCAUGAUGGCUGGAACUGGAUGGGCGGUCAACAAGAUAGGCCCACGAUACCUUGGAGUGCCAGAGUACAUCACUGAAGAAGCAAAGAUAUUGAUUCUCUUUGUGGCAUUUCUCUUCUCGGCCGCCCUUUUAUCCAGCGCAAAGAAUGGCGUGGUUCUGUGCGUGAUGCUGAUCCUUGACGCAGGAAAAGCUUUGGCAAUCGCUUUGAAAACCUGCGGUUGUCUUAUUGCUGUUCUCGAAGAGAUGACAUUGGUGGAGGCAGGCUCAGCACAGAGUCGGCUGUGCAAGAGGUGGAUAAAUUUUACAGCCUUGCCACUUCUCGUGUAUCAGAAGUGGCGAUUGGCAUUCCAAGUGCGAAAGCAACUCAACAACCUUGUGAUUGACUUGGCGGGAAAGACCCGAGAAAGUCUUCAAGAAAGUGAGAUCACCAUUAUGGAGGCCCGACUCCUCAACGAAUUUGCGCGACACGCCAAGGUGUUUGCUCUCGUUGAGCUUUGUGAAGUCGCAGUUCCUUUGAUGUACAUGAUGGUGAUGGCUUUGCUUCAUACCGAAACUUUCGGGUAUAACCGCCAGUACUAUGAGAUCUUCUCCACCACGGGUCAAGGUUAUCAGGAUGCGAUGAUUGGCAAUGCGAUGAGUUUCCUUAUCGAAGCGUUCGUUUUCGUGGCGGCGCAAGUCGCGUUCUUGCAAUCCACUGGUUUUGACUUGGCAUACUUUGCAGGAAUUGUCCUGCUGGAGAACUAUUCAUAUUGGGUUUUGGGUCUGGGCGCUGGUUCUGUAGCUUGGCUGACGGUGCUCAUUAGUCAUGGUGGUCACGACCUUGAUUUGAUUAGAGCUUUAUUCUCGAGACAGUGACCCUGAGAAUGGGGGACCCUUCGGGCCAAGGCCUCCA